UCCCUUCCUCUCUUUCCUGCUUUGCUUCCCCAGCAAAUUAAGAAAUUAAGAGUCAUAAGCUAGGUAAGCCUGAUCAGAAUGGCUGUUCUUGCUUACUGUUGGGUGAUCAUUGAAUCUAUUGUCAUCCCAGAUGGAUUUUUGAAGUGGUUUUAUUUGAGCUUCUAUAUCCAUCCCAUUUUUCUUUUUGUUUGCCAGAUUUUUCUUUGGCUUAAAUUGAUAUUGAAAUGUCUUACAGUUGUCUUCUAUUAUCCUCUUAAAAUCACUUUUAACGUUUGUUUAUAUGUUGUUAAGGUUUUGAAAGAAUGGGUCAUCUAUUUUUUUUCAUGCAUUAGAUUGACCAAUACUAUAGCCAGAGACGAGACUGAAAACUUUGCACUUUUACAUAACUGUAAUAGAAACCAAGUUGUUACCUCCUAUAGUUAUUCAAGUACUGUAGCACCAAUAUCAUGCCAGUUAAAAGUACUACAAAUUCAGAAAUAUUAUGUGUUUGAAGAGGAGAAAAAUUUCCAGGAUGAUCAAGUUUCAUGUGAAGAUGAACAUAUGGAAGAGCAAAGUUUGUUCUUUGAUGAAGAUGAAAGCACGAUUGAUGAUUCCUCUUCCAUUUGUAGUUCUGAAUCGUCAUCCUUUCUCAAUCCUUACAAAGCAGGGAGUUGCGUGCACUGGGAACUCCCUUACAGCUCUGAAUCAUUUACAAAAGAUGCAAAUUUAAACCGGUGCAUACCAUCAGUUUGUAGCUCCAAUUCACCAGCAUCAGAAAAUCUUGACACGAACGAAUAUUCAUCAUCGGUUUUCUGCUCUAAUCCAGUGCCUGAAGAUCAAGACAUGAAUGAAUAUUCAGAAUCCAUUUGCCGCUUUAACUUAGCAGCAGUAGUUGAAAGAGAAGACCCUAAUAAUGGACUUGAGGACCAAGAUUUAGAUGCAUUCUACAGUAUGUACACCCAAAGAAUGAGAUGGUUCGAUGUCCUCAAUUACGAUCGAACAUGUGGAAUAAAUGCAAUCCUGAACGAGCAAAUAGUCGGGACUCCAAAUUCUUUUGACAUCAUUGAGCCUGUGGAUUUCUCUGUCUUCCCUCACAUGUCAUGGAGCAAAACAGUUAGGAAAAGGCUGCUAAGGAGUUUAGAAAGCGAUUUCGAGCUGGUUUAUGUAGCACAGUCAUGCCUGUCGUGGGAAGCUCUUCACCAUCAGUACAGAAAGCUUGAAGCUCUUGCUAAUUCUAGCUCUCAAAAUGGGGCGUUUUACGAUAAGAUUGCUGGAGAAUUUCAGAAGUUCCAUGUUCUUUUAGAAAGGUUUAUGGAAGAUGAAAGGGGCGAAGGCAAAAGGGUUUGGAAUUAUGUUAGAGGAAGGUUUUCUCCCAAAAGCCUUCUCCAAGUCCCCAAGGUUUCAGCAUUUAAAGGGUUCACUGAACAGGGAGAUGAGGAAAUGAACAAAGAAGUCAUAGAUAUUAAAGAAGUGCUGAAGGCGAUAGAGAGGUGCAUACAGGCAUUUUGGACCUUUGUAAAAACAGACAACAAAAAGCCUUGGUGGAAAUUGAGAAGUUCCUUGUGGACAUGCCCACCUGUGGAGGACCCUAGAGAUUUGAAACUACUAGCGGACCUCACUAGAAAACUCCAAAAGAAGGAGCUGUGGUUGAAAGAUUCACAAGGGAAGCAAAGGUGCUGGUUCAGGAGAGUGGUAAAGACUGAUGCAGAGGAGUCCCAAACAAAGGAGAUGUUGUUCACAAUGAUAGACAUGAAAUUGAUAUCAAGAGUGCUCCAAUUGCCAGUGCUUUCCUCUUCCCACCUCAAUUGGUGCCAAGCAAAGCUAGACAACAUUCUGUUUCAGGAAGGCAAGAUUUUCAGAGCUUCCACUUCUGGCCCCCUGUUUCCUCCUUGAAUUUUUUUUUUUUCCUACAAGCGGCACCCAGUUUUAGGGGUUCUCCUUUAAGCCUGUAUAUAUUUGCUCCACAAACGAAAAUGAUUAAAUAAUGUAGUUGAAGUAUGCAUGUAUAGCUUGUAAAUAUUAUGAUAAGCAUUAGAUUACACUUGGUAGGUCGUAAUGUAAUGUAAUAUAAUCAAUUAUGUAAUGCAAUUAAGAUUGUAAUGUAAUAUAAUUGUC